AUGGUGGCAGUUAACGAUGAUAGUGAUAACCACGACAAUCAUGAUGAUAGUUACAUUAAUGAUCAUGAUGAUGACAGUAACGACAAUAUAGGUCAUGACUACAGAGAUCACGACAAUGGGGGUGAUGGAUGUCACACAUCACUUUGUGGAUUUGUUAACCGAACAAUGAUGGUCAUGAUAGCGAAAGUGAUGGCGGUUGACAACGAUAGUGAUGACAACAACAAUCAUGAUGGUGGUUACAGUGGUGAUCAUGAUGGUGACAGUGGCAACGACAAAGGUCAUCACAACAGAGGUGGUGACAGUUGA